AUGUCUUCACAAACAUCCCGUCAUCAAUCAUCAGUUAAAGCUCAUGAUCUUCGUUUGUUAACACAAAUUUCCACAUCAUCAUCAUCAUCAUCAUCAAGUUCAAAUCCUUUAACUCCAAUUCCACAAUUAAAUGAUCCAUCAGGUCCUCUUACACCUGAUUCUGUUGUAUAUGUUAAUCCAUUUACCUCAAAUAAUAAUAAUAAUCUUUCAACAUUUAAUAAUCAACCAUUAUUACCUACUAUUCGUACAAUUGGUCAAUAUGAAUUAAGUGAAACAAAAUUUGAUGAUUUUAAAUGUGCACGUCAUAUAUUAACAGAUGAAGUUUAUUUAUAUAAAGAAUAUCCUAUUGAAAAUCUUCGUCAACGUUUAGAACCAUAUCAACGUCUAACAAAAUUAUUACUUUCAUCAAAUAUAAAUAAACAAUUAAUUAAAUCAAUGUCAAUUGAACAAUUAGCUGCUAAAUAUCAUUUACAUUUUUUUCAUGAUGUUAUAUCACUUGAACGAACUGCUAUUGUUUUAUAUUCAAAUUAUUCAAAUAAUUUACAUACAUAUAUUACAGAAAAACAUCGUUUAAAUGAACAUGAAUCAAGAAAUUUAUUUACACAAAUUGUAUCGGCUGUAAAAAUGUGUCAUCAAAUUGGAUUAAUUAUACGUGAUUUAAAAUUACGAAAAAUAAUAUUUAAUAAUAAUAUACAUUCACAUUUACUUUUAACAGGACUUGAUGAAGCUAUUAUGCUUACAAGUCCAACAUCAACAAAUGAUUUUGUUUCUUCACGUUUUUCAUGUCCGGUGUAUGCAUGUCCUGAGAUUGUUCUCAAUAGACAAAUGUAUUCAGGAAAAUAUGCUGAUUCCUGGAGUCUUGGUAAUGUUCAUUCUUUUUUUUCUUUUCACUAA